CUCCUCAAGCAAAGCGGCACUCUGACUCUGCGAUCAGCAUGGCGUCGUCCUCAAGCGAUACGCCGCGCGCCACGCUGGCAGCUGAUCCGCUGGUGGGCACGCUGGGCAUGUUCAUCAUCGACACCUUCCGCGUGCUCGACGAGGCCAGCGGCGCGGAGAUGCGCGACCCGCUGCAGCGCGGCGAGCAGAUCGGCGGCGGCGGCGUGUACUUUGCCGUCGGCGCUCGAGUCUGGCUGCGCCCAGAGCGCAUCCUGGGCGUCAUCGAUGCCGGGCCCGACUUUCCCGCCGCGCUGCGAAACACGCUCGAGGCCUUCAAUGCCGCUGCCGGCGCAUCGUCGCCCAGCCGAGGAGGCAUGUGGGCCUGGCGCUCGCGCCCCGACGGCACGACGCGCGCCGUGAAUGUGUAUCGCGGCCAACACCGCGGCUUCGAGUACCUCUCGCCGCGCCUGCGUCUCGAGCCGAGCGACAUCGCCGCCUGCUCGCCGUGCGGCAGGCUGCCGCGCUGGCUGCAUUGCAUCUGUGCCCCAGACCGCCUGCUGGCCAUUGUGGCGCAGCUGCGCCAGCUGCGGUCCGACGACAUGGACGCGCAGCGCAUCGUCUGGGAGCCCAUUCCCGACAGCGCCACGGCGCAGAACCUGCCGGCGCUGCUCGAGGCAAUGCGGCAUGUGCACGUCGUCAGUCCGAAUCAUGACGAAGCCGCGGCCUUUCUCUCGCACCCGCCCGACACGCUCACGUCGCGCGAGGCCUGCACGGCGCUCGUCGAACGGCUGGGCGCCGCGUUUGCACACGCCUCGCCCGAGGCAAAGGCGCCGCUGAUCUGCGUGCGCUGCGGCGCGUUGGGCGCCGUGGCGCUGGGCGCACAGGGCGUGCAGGCCGUCCAGGCGUGGCACCGGCCGGAGCAGGCGGCGAGCGUCGUGGAUGUGACGGGCGCAGGCAACGCCUUCCUCGGAGGCCUCACUGCCGCCCUCUCCGAGACGGCACCCGACAUGCUGCCCGUCGAUCUCCCACAAGGCGCGAUCCGGCACGCACUCAGCUGCGCUGCCGUCUCGGCCUCUUAUGCGCUCGAGCAGCUCGGCCUGCCCUCGCUCUCCUCGGGCUCCGCCGAACGGUGGAACGGCGACGAGCCUUCGGCGCGGCUGCGCGAGCUGGAGGGGCGACGGUAGAGAGCAGGCAGCAAGUGUUACUUUUCUCAUGACGUAGCAGGUCGUAGCGGCACACGGAACAGCGGCAGGGCCCGAGAGAGCGAGAGGGAGAGAAGAGAGAGCGCAGAGUAUGCUGCGCGUCUCCUCUCUGCUACGCGCGGACGCGGGGCGUGGGGUGAAGUUCAAGCAAGAGCGAGAAGAAGGCGCGCAAAGGUGGAUGUG